CACUCAUUGUUUGACAGAAAGAGUCGGAAAACGGAUGUUCGAUCAUUCUCUUGCUAGUCCUAACGUGGUGUAAAAGUGCCGUGUUUCGAAUUACCCUGCUGUUGAAUUUUAACUCAAGUCAUCGAUAAACGCUUUAAAAUGGCCGAUGAAUACUUUUAUGGAUCUACCUUGGAUGAAAGCAACAAGUCAGUGACCUGGGAUCCGGACACCAAAGCCGACAACUAUCCCAGGACACACAAGCUCAUCAUCAAACAGUGCAUCCUCGGUCACCAGGCCGCCGCUGACGAGUUCAACGUGGUGCAGGUCGAAACGAUGACCAUUCGGGACACACUGCGCAUUCCGAUUGCCGUACUGAAAGUGGGCGAGGCCCGCCAGUGCCGAUUGGAUCUGGAGUUCUGCGACUCGCCCGUCACAUUCACGCUGCUCGAGGGCAAGGGACCGGUACACAUCCACGGACAGCAUCUGCUCGGGUCGCUGGUCGAAGAGUUUGAGGACAUGGAGGAGAUGGAGGAAGAGGUUCCUGAGGAGGAGGAAGACGACGAAGAUGAGGAUGAGGAUGGCCCACAGAAGAAGAAACAGAAGCUGACCAACAACUCAAAGCCGAAGCCAAGCGUAGGGGGACCGGCGGGAAGUAAUAACGCUAAAAAUAGCAAACCCAAAAAAUAAACUGCCACCCACUGCAACCCGUCAAUAGUCGUUUCUAUUAAUCAGGAACCUAUGCGGAGCUAAUAAAUGAACGGCGAACGUCGUUUGUUGAUCACCUCACUCCAGAUCCUUCUUUUAAAAGUACACUAUUACCACAUAACUAACAAUAUACAACAUCAACAUCUAUAUAUUAUGAACUAAUUACAUUCAGCAACUAGCAGACAAUUGUAAAACGAUCGUAAGUGAUAAAUACGCUAAAAUCAACUUAAA